AUGCGCGCCCCUGUGGGAGCCAACCGCCGCAACGGACGCUGGGAGCAGUUGCAGGACAGAGUCCCGCCCCCAGUGGGCGUGCCAUCUGCAGUGCUGGGAGCGGAUGUGACCCUGAAGCCUGGUGCCUCCGUGACUCCUUUCAUGGCACAGCCCUUUCCCCAGCCCACUACUGGCCCCGCCCACCGGCCACCUGGGGAGCAGCACCUGCCGCCCCUCAGGACCCCGUCAUUCCCUCCUGGCAGCCCCCUGGUGUUGCCUGCUUUGCCCAAGACACCUCUGGUGGCAGGAGAUGCUGAUCAAGGCCCCCUUGGGCCUGGGGCCUGUAACAUCAUGGACCAGGUCAGGUCAGAAGGGGGACGACCACAGCCCUCCCAGACUCAGACCAUUGUCCUGACUCAGGCCCCACCCAACUGGAAUGCUCCAGGGACCACUUGUGGGGGUGCUGUGUGUCCUGCACCCCUCUUCUUGGAAGCCUCUGCGGUGGAGACGAUUAUGCCCGCCUCGGCUUUUGGGGGCACCCAGGCCAGCGAUGGAGGCUGGUGUCCCAGCCUUCCUCCUCAAGCUCCACCACCAGCUGCCCAGCUGGCCCCCAUCGUCCCCUCAGUGAAUGCUGGGGCUUUGAGGAAGGGUGGCCUGGCCACCUCCCAGUCCAAGACCUCUCCGGAUGACUCCUGCAACCCCAACAGUGUGUACAAAAAUUUCCGACGUUGGCAGCGCUUCAAGGCCCUGGCCCGGAGGCACCUUCCCCAGAGUCCUGAUGCGGAAGCUCUGUCCUGCUUCCUCAUCCCGGUGCUCCGGUCCCUGUCCCGCCUGAGGCCCACCAUGACGCUGGAGGAGGGAAUGUGGCGGGCCAUGCAGGAAUGGCAGCGCAAGAGCAACUUUGACCGGAUGAUCUAUUAUGAGAUGGCAGAAAAGUUCAUGGAGUUUGAGGCAGAGGAGCAGAUGCAGUUUCAGAAGUUGCAGUUGAAGAAGGGGGUUCAGACCCAGCCUCCUCCUGCCCCACCGAGACCUGAUCCUCGGGGGCCCCCAGCCCCAGUGGUGGACGGGCAGCCAGCGUGCACUCCCAGGAAGGCCUUACCCAGUGCCCAGCCCAUCCGAAGACACCAACGGCCCCAGGAGACAAAGUCACCCAAUGAGAUCCCCCCGGAGGCCGUGAGAGAGUACAUGGACAUCAUGGACAAUCUGCUGGGACUGCCGCACUCAGCCGCAGAGGCGCCAGGGGGAGGAUGGGAAGAUGAAGUAAAGGAGUGGCUGCAGGACGAGGGUCUCCUGAGCUACCUGGACCAGCUGUGCUCCCAGGAAGACUUUGUCACCCAGGUGGAGGCGGUCAUUCACCCCCAAUUCAUGGAACAAAUAAUUUCCCCAGACGCACAGCAGGAUCCCUUGGCCCUAGCUGAGGAGUUGGAGCAGGAAGAAGGGCUCACUGCUGCCCAGCUGGUAGAGAAGCGACUCCUGGCCUCCAAGGAGGGGGGCGUGCAGGCACCCUCAAGUCACGGUGCUCCCCUGUUGAACUCAAGUUCUUCUGAGUCUGAGAUCGGCCAAGAUGCCCAGAGGUGUGACCGUGGCCCCCAGCUGGGGGCCUUGCCUGCCCUGGAGGUCGGGGGCCCCGGGGAGCUGCCCAGUCCCAGUUUUUUCAAACACUAG